AUGCCCGACGAGUCACGCGACCGAACUUGUGCUUGCUGCGGUAGAACCGAGCAUGAAGAUAUCGAAAACCAAGCAAAUAAAACUCCAGCUUCCACUGUACACGAAGCAGUCCUCGAAGGGGACACCCAGCGCCUAGAAGAGCUCCUCCGCGAAGGAGCCACUCCUUCAACACCCUUCUCCGCUCGAGAGUUCACAGCACUUCACCUCGCCGUUCAAUCCGGCGAUGAAACCGCCACCAAGAUCCUCAUUGACGCCGGGGCCAAUGUCUCAGCUCCGACUGCCGACGGCGUAACGCCUUUGCACAAUGUCGCUACGGAAGGUGCGAUCGGGCCUGCUGAGAUGCUUCUCAAGGCCGGAGCGAACGUGCACGCCCGCAAUGUUGACGACGAGACGCCACUGCAUGUAGUGGCUCUCUUUGGGGGGACGAGGAUGGCAAAACUUCUCAUCGAUGCUGGGUCGGAUGUUACAGCAAAGGACUGUUAUGGGGGUACGGCGCUGCAUGUAGCUGCCGCGCACGAGUUUCUGGAUAUCGUUCGGUUGCUUCUCGAUUCAGGAGCCGACCCAAAUGCUAUCGACAAUAAUGGCGACGCGGUGCUACAUCGUGCAGUGGCGGAUGGACCAGCUUCCGUCCCACUUCUUCUCGACAACGGUGCCAAUAUCUGUAUAAGAGGUCAAUUAGGGGAUACGCCAUUACACCGAGCAGCUCAGAGCUCGGCGAAGCUUUUGCAAGUCUUUCUCCGAGCUGGUGCCGACCAUACGGCGGUCAAUGACGAUGGCGAGACGCCACUACAUCAAGCAGCCGCAUAUGGAGAUGUGGAACAAGUUCGACUGCUCCUUGAUGCUGGUGCCAAUGUCAAAGCAACAACUAAGGACGGCAAGACCGCGCUGGACCUUUUGAAGGGAGAUCGAUCAUUUCUAGGCGAGGAUGAGGGAGCGGACGAGAAGGCGAGAUUGCUCAUUGACGCCGGUGGGGACACGGGGCGAACAGCUUCUUCCUAA